UGGAGCCUCCAGAGGGCUGUCGGCGCAGUAGCAGCAGCAGCAGCGUCCGCGCGCUCCGGCAAGGGGCAGAAGAACUCGAGGGAGCGCGGGGCGCAGAAGCUAGAGUCGAGCGCGGACCAAGCCCGCGACCCACCGCCCGCCUCAGGCCACCCAGCAGAGCCCCAGCCAUGGCACACCAGCUCCUGUGCUGCGAGGUGGAGACCAUCCGCCGGGCGUAUCCCGAUGCCAACCUCCUCAACGACCGGGUGCUGCGGGCCAUGCUCAAGGCGGAGGAGACCUGCACGCCCUCCGUGUCUUACUUCAAGUGCGUGCAGAAGGAGAUCCUGCCGUCCAUGCGGAAGAUCGUGGCCACCUGGAUGCUGGAGGUCUGCGAGGAGCAGAGAUGCGAGGAGGAGGUCUUCCCGCUGGCCAUGAACUACCUGGACCGCUUCCUGUCGCUGGAGCCCGUGAAAAAGAGCCGCCUGCAGCUGCUGGGGGCCACCUGCAUGUUCGUGGCCUCGAAGAUGAAGGAGACCAUCCCCCUGACGGCUGAGAAGUUGUGCAUCUACACUGACAACUCCAUCCGGCCUGAUGAGCUGCUGCAAAUGGAGCUGCUGCUGGUGAACAAGCUCAAGUGGAACCUGGCGGCCACCGCCCCGCACGACUUCAUUGAGCACUUCCUCUCCAAGAUGCCGGUGGGCGAGGACGACAAGCAGAUCAUCCGCAAACACGCGCAGACCUUCGUGGCCCUCUGUGCCACAGACGUGAAGUUCAUUUCCAACCCGCCCUCCAUGGUGGCCGCGGGCAGCGUGGUGGCCGCGGUGCAGGGCCUGCGCCUGGGGGGCUCCAGCAGCGUCCUGUCCUACCACCGCCUCACCAGAUUCCUCUCCAACAUGAUCAAGUGCGACCCGGACUGCCUGCGGGCCUGCCAGGAGCAGAUCGAGGCCCUGCUGGAGUCCAGCCUGCGCCAGGCCCAGCAGCAGAGCCUGGAUCCCAAGGCUGCGGAGGAGGAGGAGGAGGAGGAGGAGGUGGACCUGGCCUGCACACCCACCGACGUCCGGGACGUGAACAUCUGAGGGUGCUGGCGGUGAGGGAGGGGCCGGCCCCCGUGCUCCCCUGGCGGACCCGCUCCCUGCAGGACGGGUCGCCCACGGAAGGGGAGGUUCCUUCUCCUCCUGUGGGUUUUCUCUUCUGCUCUUUCUCCCUUCCAUCUCUGACUUCAAAAAGUACCCAAAACUGUCUUUAAGAAAAAAAGGAAAAAAAAAGAAAAAAAAUAGUAUUUGCAUAAGCCCAAGCUAGAGGGGAGGAGGGUUGUGCCCCAGAAACAGGAUUGUAUAGCCCGUAACCGACUAGUUUUAUGCGAGCGCACUGGCGUCUGUUUAAGGGUAGGAUUAACACAAGGGCCAAGUCCGCAGGGGGCUUAGAUUUGACUCUGUACGUGUUUAAAGCAAAAAAAAAAAACAUAAACACUUUCCAACAGACCGUUUUCAAGUAGCAGAGGGUUGUAGGUAGAGAGGCUCCCCAGAGCCCUGCGGAAGGCGCAGCCCUGGGGCGGCUGUAGGCACCCUGUCCCUUGCUUGCUUGUGCAUGUAGUCACUUUAUAAGUCAUUUGUACGUGUUGAUCGUAUUCUGAAGGUAGGCGUGUAACCUCUUCACCUGUCCAUGGCUGACGGAACCUGUCGGGUAGCGUAGUGUAGCUGGGCCUCGCGGGGGGCUCACCUUUCUGCCCGUGGACCGACCACCGGAGCGGGUGUCGGGGCGCCGGCCAGAGCCGCCAUCACGGGGAGCCAGCCCUCCGACGCCUCCUGCGCUUUGGAGAAGCCGCAGUAGCAAGGUCAUAGAUUCUAUUUUUGUAAUCCUCGUAUUUUUGUAGUUGCCCGUGUAGGAGACGCUGUCGUCCAGCAGACCGGCCGCCUGCUCACGUCCAGGUGAAACCCACAGCUUGUCUGUCCCCUCGGUUCGGAAACCGCUCCAUGUCAAGCACUUUCGGGCCCGGGGCUCUAGGGAAGUUUUGUCAGCUGCGUGGGGAGGGCGGCUUCCAGGCGGAAUGGUCCGGGGGCGCAGCACGCGUGUGCGCGCAGGAUCGCAAGGCCAGUGCAAGUAGCCGCGGUGUUCGUGAGGGGGUUUUGGAAGGCGAGGGUCCAGUCGAGGAGGAGGAAGUCCGUUCUCACGUUGCCAGGGUGACGCCCCUUUCCUGUCGCGGGGUCCAGGUUUAGGAACCCUUUGGUGCCAACUGGUGUUUGGAAGUUAGAGGCCUUAAAGGUUGACCUAGAGAACACGUAGUUUAAGGGUUAGGAAGGUUUCUUAAACACUAAAAUAUGUAAUUUAUAGUUAAGGCUAAAAAGAAUAUUUAUUGCGGAGGACGUCUGUAAGGCCAGUCUGAUUUAGGAAGUCACGCACUCUCCCUGGUUCUCACGCACCGCCCGCAGCCUGCCGCGCGGCAGGUUCAUCAGUACCGUUCAGGAAAGUUAGGUCCUUUUCUACGAGGGGGGAACCCCCGGGAAAAAAACACAGACACGUGGAUUUGGCCUGUUGGUGUUUCCCAACGUGAUCCCAUCUGAGAGGCCUCAGAGACACAGGAAAACGAGGGCACUCGAAUCAAGCUCGGUUUCAGCAUAUUCUUAGUCAAUGUCCCCUCCUUGGAGAAAGAGAAAGGUUAGCGACCGAUGGACAAUUUGCACAUCUUGGCUGUGUACCUGUGUGUGUCAUGACUAGGUAGGGAGUGUUGAAGGGAGGUGGCGGGA